AUGCAAUACGGACCUGCAGAACUCCAAUCAAGCGUAGAAGAAAUCAGAGUCAUGCACCUGCCGUUCACAACCGUUGUUAGCCUUCUUGCGGUAUUUACUGUUGCAUUCGGCGCUCCAGUUAACCAACCAGUUGGAAUCAUUUGGAAUAACGUGACAGAGGGCUCUUUAAAACUAAAUGAACUUGCUAAAAUACUUUUAACUGAGGAGCUCAGUCAUUUGAAAACUGUGGAAAGAGUUGUCAAAGGGCCAAGAGUGCUGGUGGAAUCCACAGACAAAUGUGAUCCAAAAAACCUAAGAGCAGAUUCAAAGCCUUGCCUUGAGAAGAUGGUUUCUGCUCUGAAGAACUACUGUACAGUAUUUGGGAUAAUUAGUCAGUUCAAGAAUAACUGUGCAGAAGUUGGAAAGAAGGUGAACACAGUAGUGAAAGAACUCCUUUUUGAAUUGAAGGAGCCCCAUCCUUAUUCAGAAGAGAAUUGGCCGGAAGUGGAGCGCUGGGAAGAGCCAGGACUGUGCCGUGACAAUAUUGAGAAGCUGUUCUCCUUCUCCAUCCUCAUGGCUCGGGUCUUUGCCCCUGGUGAUCCUGCAACACAUAUAAUGGAUUAGCCUAAAUAUGGUAUCUAGAGCUGGGAAGCAGGCCACAAUUGAUUCGUCAUCUGUGAUUGAUUCGUCAUCUGUGAUCUGUUUCAGUAUUAGACAACUUAGUAGUAGAUGGACAUCUACAUUCAUUGUAGGAUCAAUUUGGUCAAAAUAGUCAGAAAAGACUAGUAACUUUUGUGGUGUUGUGUGUUAUUACAAUGUUUCAUAAACAUUUCAUAAACACACUUAUGUAUCUGCCUGUGUUCCACUAUGGAACAGUUUAUAUUUAGGAAUGUAUUUAUAUAAUGUAUGAAAUUGUGAAGUAACUUAACAUAUUUUUAACUUAUUUAUUUAACUUAUUUAAUUAAUGUUAACACCUAUUUAUCUGCCACUGUAAUAUUUUUUAAACAAAAUGUAUUUAUUCUUGUAUAUCGUUCUCCGGUGUUAAAUUGCUUAAAAAAAUUAACAACUUUUAACUUUUAACUCUUGUUGUGAUAUCUUGUUGUGUCAAUAAGGUGUCUAUUUACAUCUACUGUAGAGGUGGAUUGACCAUCUGGCAGUUCUGGCAAAUGCCAUAUGGGCUGGACAAUUUUUUUAGUUGGCUGGGCUGGUCAAA